ACAGAAACGAACUUGGAACUUUGGGUGACUCACUAUUGGAGUGAAGAUAGCAAAUACAAGUGAAUUCAAUGGCGUCUUACUCGCAGUAAUCAUUAUAUACUUUUAUUUAUUCACAUCACAAUGGGCCAACUUUUUUAUAAUUAUCCAACUGUUUAAUUUAAAUUUUAUACUAAUUAUUGAUCUUCAUCUUCUGUUGAGACAAGAUUACUAAUUGAUUAUAAAAAAAUGUCAGAUCCAUUGAACAAAGUCGAGUAUGCCAAGACAGGACAGUCUGUCUGUUGUAAAUGUUAUGAAAAGAUAAAAAAAAAUGAACUACGAAUCGGAAAAAUUAAAAAGAGUUCUCUAAGUUCAGCUGGGACUAAAACUGUAUCGUGGUUUCAUGGUCAAUGUUUCUUUGAUGAAAAUUAUCCGAAGUCAAUUACUGAUAUAGAUAAUUUUGACAACAUUAAAUGGGAAGAUCAAGAAUUUAUUAAAAAAAAAAUUGAAAGUGGAACGGCCUCCGAUACGAAUAAAGAAAUUAAACUUCCGGAAACUGAUGAUAAUAAAAAAAAAUCGUAUAUAGUUGAAUAUGCUCUAUCAAACAAGUCAAUCUGCGCUGGAUGUGAAGUUUACAUUUUAAAAAAUAAUGUGCGUGUCCAAGUACUAGAGAAAAGUUCCUACCAUUGGUAUCACUUUGAUUGCUUUUCUAAGCUACGGUGCGAGUUAGAUUUCUUUAAGGAAGGAAGCAAUCUUCGUGGUUACAGCAAAUUACAGAAAAAGGAUCGAGACCUCAUUAAAAAGACUUUACCGGACAUUAAAGAAAAUCAGCCCCCGAGAAGGAAGAGAGUGACAGCUCCUGUCAAAACUAACACCGUGGUAAAUAAAGAUAUUGAAUGUCCUGAAGAAAUCAAGAUACAGAAUGAAGAAUUUUUUGAGGUUCUCGAUGAGGUGAAGAUGAUGAAGGCAAAUGAUGUCACGGAAUUGUUGAAAUUCAAUAAUCAAUUUAUUCCCACUGAUAGAACUGAACUGUUUGAAGCUUUGGCCGAUCGUCUAGCCUUUGGAGCUCUGCUUCCGUGUUCUAUUUGUACGGGACAAUUCACAUUCAAGCCUGGGUUAGGCUAUAAAUGUUUGGGUGAUAUCAGCGAAUGGACCAAGUGCGUUAAUGUCACGGUCGACCCGAAAAGACGUAAAUUUUCAAUCCCUGAGGUUUAUGAGGACAAAUAUUAUUUUUUACUCGAGUAUAUACCUAAAGUAGAUCGUCGUAUUUUACGUGCAAUCGCCCCACCAACUUUGCCUGUUCCAGUAAGAGUGCCCGUUAAAAAAGAACAGAAAGCUGAUGGUCCUAAAGUUAAUCGAGGUCCUAUGCCGCUCAGAGGAAUGCAGUUUGUUCUGGUCGGAAAAACUAAAAAGACCAAAGACACACUGAAGACUGAAAUAUUGCAACUCGGUGGUUCCUGUGUCACUAAAGUUACUGUUAAUGUAACAGCGGUAAUUUCCAGUGAAGAUACAGUUAAAAAAGCUGGUAAAGCUAUAGAAGAUGCCAAGAAAUUAAAUAUUCAGGUUAUCUCUGAGGACUUUGUUGAAGAAGCCAAAGUCUAUAAAACUUCAGCGGUCCCGUUGAUUGUCACGAAAAACAUCUGUACUUGGGGAAGUGAUCCCACUCCUCGAGUAAACGCUUGUAUUAAAAAAUUAACAACUGUCGUGCGAGGUCCACAGGUUGAGAAACAACCAGUGACUGGAACAAUAAAACUACAAGUAAAAGGCGGUGGAGUCGUAGAUCCCAACUUUGGGCUCCGGAAUUCUACGCACGUUUACCAAUGUGGUGACGAAAAAUUCAGCGUUACACUCGGAAUCACUGACAUCCAAAUUAAGAAAAAUGACUUCUUUAGAAUGCAGAUAUUGGAGAGUGAUACUACAAGUUCAUAUGUUAAUUACUGGUUUUAUUACACCUGGGGGCGCAUUGGCGAGACUGUAGAUAGAACUAAAAAUACCAAAACCUGCUGGUUAUCUCUAGAAGGUUGUAUCUUAAAAUUUAAAGAAUUGUUUAAAGAAAAAACAGGCAACUUAUGGGAUGAACGUAACAAGUUCGUAAAACAGCCGGGAAUGUAUUAUAUGAUUGAUACCGAAGAAAUUAAUGGUUCAGAAUUAAAUUUUGAGUCAGCGAUACCAAGUGCUCUCCGAAAACCAGUUCAAGAGCUGAUGCGACUUAUUUUUAAUGUCACCCGUAUGAAAGAGACGAUGAAAGAGUUCGAGCUCGAUAUUGAUAGAUUGCCUUUGGGAGCACUAUCUAAAAAUCAACUCGAAAAAGCUUAUGUUGUGCUAAAUAAAUUGCUCUCAAUCGUCAAGAGUGAUGCAAAAAAUUCUGUAGUACUCAUUGAUCUUUCGAAUCAAUUUUACACAUUGGUUCCUCAUUCUUUUGGAGUAAACGAUCCCCCGGUUCUGGACUCACUAAAACUGCUAAAAGCGAAAUGUGAUAUGGUUAAUUCAUUACUGGAGAUGGAGAUAACGUACAAGCUGAUAAAUAUACAACAGGAUGCCAACAUAAAUCCUCUGGAUUCAUAUUAUUUUCAACUCAAUACAGAGAUUGAUGUUUUAGAUAAAAAUAGUUCUGAGUUUAAUUUGAUAAAUUCGUACGUGAAUAAUACACAUGCACGUUCGCAUAAUUCUUAUAAAUUGAAAAUACAGCAAAUCUUCGUCAUUAAGCGCAAGGACGAGGAGCAGAGAUACCAACCUUUUGCGAAGCUGCAUAAUAGAAGACUACUCUGGCACGGAUCGCGUACUACAAACUUUGCUGGUAUUCUGUCUCAAGGGUUGCGCGUCGCACCACCAGAAGCUCCAGCUCAGGGUUACAUGUUUGGAAAAGGAAUUUACUUUGCUGACAUGGUCUCAAAAUCUGCUAAUUAUUGUCAAACUUCCAAUCAAAAUCCUACUGGACUUUUACUACUCUGCGAAGUCGCUCUCGGAACCAUGUAUGAGAAAUGUCAAGCCGAGUAUAUUGUGCAACUUCCAGAGAACUAUCAUUCAACUUUCGGUAAAGGUAGAAUUGGUCCAGAUCCCAGAAAUACUUUUACAACUCCUGAUGGAGUGAUAGUUCGAUACGGGCGCGCAGUUUACCAAACAAAACCUCCGGAGAUAACUCAAUUAAGAUACAAUGAGUACAUUGUCUAUAACCCAGCUCAAGUAAAAACUAAAUAUCUUCUGCACGUUGAUUUUGAAUACGAGCCCUAACACACAAUUAUUUUAACAAUUAAUAUUUAUUCUAUUUAUUAAUAAGUGUUAAUUAGCGCUUAUUUUUUACUUAGUAUUUUUUUUUUAUUUAUCGAUUUGUCCGCUGGCGGAUUCGAUUCUAUCAUAUUGCACUUGAUAUUCUCUAAUUUUUCUAAGAAUUUAUUUAAAUAUUUUUUAAAAAUUAAUUAUGUUAUUGAUGUUUUUCUUAUUUAUUUUUAUAUUUUGUCGGGUGACUAUAAAAUAGUUCACGCACUCGAUAACUCAUACAUUAUAUACCAUUUAUAAACAUUAAAAAUUAUUAGAACUUAAGUAAGCCAUCAUUAUUUUUUAUUAGUAUUUAACAAAUUUGUAUUUGAA